AGGGGCUGGCGCGUGCGCCUUGGCGGUGUCUUUCCGGGAGCUGCUGGCGCAGCCCUAAUUCGUAGCCUUCCGCUGCGGGGAUCUUGGCGUUGACACCACUCGCCGGGCAGCGGGGAGCAUGCCCGGCCGCGCCGCGCGCCAGGAGGCAGCAGCGGGGAGCGCGGGGGCGGCCGCCUCCGCGCAGCAGGAGCGGAGCCUGGCGGGCACCUUCCCGCUAGUGCUGAAGAAGCUGAUGGAAAAUCCUCCGCGGCACGCGCGCCUCGAUAAAGAAAAGAAGGAAAAACUUGAGGAGGAUGAAGCUGCAGCUGCCAGCACUAUGGCAGUCUCUGCCUCCCUCAUGCCUCCCAUCUGGGACAAAACCAUCCCUUAUGAUGGGGAAUCUUUCCACCUGGAGUACAUGGAUCUGGAUGAGUUCCUCCUGGAGAAUGGAAUCCCUUCCAGCCCUGCUCACCUAGGCUUGAACCAGAAUCCGCUCCUGCCUGUGGCUGAACUGGAAGGAAAAGAGCCUGCCAGUGCAUCUGCUGCCUCUUCUCCCACAUCAUCUUCCACUGUAGUUUUCCAACCAUCUGAAGCUGCCUCUGGCACAGACUCUUCCCCAGAGAGUGAGAGAGAGACUUCGAGCCCCGUUGAUCCAGAGUGCAUUGAGAUUGAUGUGAACUUUAAUCCCGACCCUGCUGACUUAGUGCUCUCCAGUGUGCCUGGUGGUGAGCUCUUCAAUCCUCGCAAGCACAAGUUUGCUGAAGAGGACCUGAAACCACAGCCCAUGAUUAAAAAGGCCAAGAAGGUUUUUGUCCCAGAUGAGCAAAAGGAUGAAAAAUAUUGGACAAGGCGAAAGAAGAACAACGUGGCAGCGAAGCGUUCCCGUGAUGCUCGGCGACUGAAAGAGAAUCAGAUCACAAUCCGAGCAGCCUUCUUGGAGAAGGAGAACACUGCCCUCAGGACAGAGGUGGCAGAGCUGCGCAAGGAAGUGGGGAAAUGCAAGAACAUUGUCUCUAAAUAUGAGACCAGAUACGGACCCUUGUAAGCACACCCUCUUUCCUUGCUAGGGCUCCUUGUUUAGCUCUUGGACUUCUCUGCCUUCUGUAGACACUCCCAGAAAUAACAUGUGGAGGCCUUGUCAUUGUGCAUCUAUAGCAAAGAUCCGCAUCUGCUGGCACAACUUCGUCAGGUCCUUUCCUGACCCUUGUGGUGCCAGAAUCUAAGUUGGUGUCCGUCUUUACAGCUUUGUUUUAACACUGCUAGAGCAGUUGGUGAUGCUAAUCCAAGAGAAUGGAUUCAUCCAUCCAGGGGAAUAAAAGUGAAUCUGUUUAGAUUGUUGGACAAGGCUUUUGCUUUCUGUUCUAAUCUGCGUUUUAAAUGGAAUCAGAGCUGGCUGAAGUGCAAAAGUCUCCUGUCCCUGUUAGUUUUCUCUCUCUCUCUCUCUCUCUCUCCCCCCCCCCCCCGCCUUUUAAAACUUAGUUUUAUAAUUUGGGGUACAAAUGGGUGCUGCUGGACAGCACCAUAAAAAAGUUCCUUCCCCAGUUCCUAGAUACUGGAACGUAGCUGAGCAGCCCUUGUUGUGCAGGGCUCUGUGCUCCUGUUCAGGAGAAACAGGGAAACCUCCUAGGCCUGAGAACUGUCUGUCUUUUGCAGAGGUGUAGAUAACAUUAAGAUGAACAUGCAUUUGUGUAAACCAUAGUGCAGUGAACACAUUGUUUCUAAACAAUACUUAUACAUUUUUCUUUGGUUAGCUCCCAGAAGCAUAGGAUGAGGUGCAGGGCAAAGAGCCCCAUACUUCUCCAUUACUAAAGUGAGGUAACAUUUUUUGAGUUCACAGCAAUGGGUUUAGGGAGUGCAUUGCUCUUUUCUUCCUUUCCCCUAAUACAGUUAGGGGACUUCUUUUCUUGAACUACUAAUUAUGCAGCACAUGACUCUUCAUUCAGAAGUGAAGGAGAAGAGCACCACCAAACUUUGAGUCAUUCACCUGCGGCCUCAUCGGAUCAAAUCUUAGGUCCAUCUGGUUUGGGAAUCACCAGCACUUUGUGUUUUGGGUGGGGAAGGGGGGACAAACCCAACCCACCGCUCUAAUGCAUCUUCACAGUUGUACAAGAGUUAGUGGGAGAUUUUUUCUGCACCCCUGUAAGUGAUUCUUGGUCCUUUGCCUUUUGAGCAAGCGAGGGAGAAGCCAUACCCACUCUAAACAUGAAGAACUUCUCUCACAACCUCUUUGGGUGGCAGUCUCUCUAUGCCAGCUGGUUUUCUCUCAAGCACAUGACUUGCCCUCUUGGUGCUGAGAAUGGAUUACUUCCAAGCAUUGCUUGUACAGUAAAUGUUGCUAAAGAAAAAUGCAUUCUUGUGAAUGUUGGAGGCCGCCUCCACCUGCAAGAAUGGAGAGCUUUAGUAAAAUGCCUGGUACAAAAGUAGACUGUCACUGUCAUAUGUAUUUUAUCCCAGGCUUAUGGCAGUGAAUAUGUUAUAACUGUUGGAGUUAGACGUCUGGGGAUGGUGUUUGUAUUUGGGAGCAAGAGGAGAGUGGGAGAUAAGGUUUUAGGAUAGAUUUGAGAGAAGGAAUUAGAAACUUAUAAGAGCACGUAGAAGUUAUGGGGUUUCUUUUCUGUAACAGAUUUUUGACUAGGUCAGCUUUGUGAGCUCAAUGUGAGAAUAAAACAGCUUGUCUAAAGGAGUGGGGAAAGAGGCUAAUCCAGCAUGAUUAAAGUAAAUCUAUACAGGAGCUGUUUUCUCCCUGCAUUAUUACCUGCUUGUCUGGGCUGAGCUGUGUGUGUGUGUGUGUGUGUGUUUUGUGCAGCACCAGUCUGAUUCCUCCUGAGCAUCAAGGAGGGAGAUAACUUUGCAGCGGGAAAAUAGAAUCCCACACCACUGGGUUUUUUCUUUCAUAGAGUGGUGUGUAGUGGUGAUCGAUGGAGUAUACUGUAAAUAAAUUGUCACACUUACUGCUUUGCUUUAUUUAAAGUGACUUAUCUGAUUCCGAGUGAUGCAACUUUAAAGACUUCUAAAAACAAAGAAACUAAAAAGCACACAUGAAACCAUCUGUCUUCAGAGUGAACAGUGAGAUGUGUGAGAGGUAUCCAACACAAACAACUGACGGGGACACUGCCUGCAAGUAUCCCAUCUGAACUGCACGGGGGCUGGCAUGAUGAAAAGUGCAAGGUCGUCUUAAUGCUGUGUAUGGCUUUCUUAUCUCUUUUUGGUACUAAUGUUUUUCUUCUCUCUGUAAUCAAACUACAGUAAUGUUACUUACUGACACUUGUCAAUGACACUCACAGCUCGUAUCUUUCAGUCCAAUCUGUUGAUGACUUGUGUGAAUGGUGACUCUGUUUUGAUACUUGAAUGAAAUGGGAGGAAGGGGGAUUCUAACUUAAAGUGGCUUAAACUAUAUCGUCACCGAUUUUUGGGGUUGGGGGAGCAGUAAUUCUGGUUUUAGCUACUGCUGCAGCUGGGUUCUGACAAGCAUAGCAUCUUGUGAGGUACUGCUAGGGAUGCUGAACCAGAGGCAUCCAUGGAGAAUAGUCUAGGAGUGCAAGAAAAUGCAACAGAUUUGUUGAAGUAAACUAAAAAGCACCAUAGUGUGUGCUGUACAAAGAGUAACAAAUAAAUCCUGUUAUAUAGCCCAGAUGACACACAACUCUUUAACUACUUCCUCUCCUGAUAUGUACACUAUGGGGAGCCCACCUCCUUCCCCUUUUACUUUUAAGGGGCUUUUGUAUCUCAGUAAAACAAAUUAUAUCCAUUUCCCUGGCUGCUGUACCAAAAUAGAGGAGAGGGGUAUACCUCUCUGAGCUGCUGAGCCCUGUAUCUGCCUGCAGGCCAGACCAGUCAGACUGUAUUGAAGCCCCAGAGGAACAGUGGCUAGCAGCUACUAUGCUAUGCAUCCUUCUCUUUUUCCUACUGCACUCUUAAUUCCCCAAGCACUUCGGAGAGUAUGGUGUGCAUCUGUCUCAUGAACCCAAAAUAACCAGCAAUUCCAUUGUGUCAUAAUGGAACAGCUUUAAAAACAAAGACUCUGGGCAUGUAUGGAGAUAGAUGAGGCACUUAGAGAGCAUUGCAGGGAUGUUGGCCCUGUGUAGAAAAAGGAGGAUGUCCAUGGAAGGAAAGAUGCCAUCAGUACAGCAAAAGGCUCCUAACCAGACAUAAUAACCAAAUGUAUAGGUGAAAGAGAAAAUGGAAUGGCUUAUUUCCAGUAAAAUAUUGUAGGGCUGCACUUGUCUCCAAGGUUAUGUCAAUAACAUAGAAAUGGAGAGGAGGCUUUCUGUGUGUCUAUAUGACGCACACAAAACUCUCUAAACUCUCUGCCAGGAGGCUGAUUAAUGGCAGACACCUGACUGAUAAAGAGCAUUUGAAAGCCUGCAAAAGGAAAAGGGCCUAAAUGGGAGGCUCAGAAUCCAUUACAACUGAAACUUAUGACGUAUGGUUUAAUACUGUACAAAUACCGUGUCUUCAUCUUCCCCAGAGAGAUUCCUGCCCACAGAACUUCUUAGUAGGCAGGUGAAGAGGAAAGGGAGCAAUGGGGAGAAGCAGACUGUUGCAAACUUUCUUAAACAAAGUUAUAACCAAUUAAUUUUUCAGUGGAACCUGGAAAAGAUGAAUGGGUUUGAUCCAUCGAGUGCACUGCUUGCAAGUGGACCAUGUGUUCAGUGUUAAAGAACUUGCUUUAACUUUUUUCCUAACCAGUAAAAAAUGUUAUCAAUGUGUAAUAUGUAUGUAAUAAGAUUCCAGGAUUGUCUCUGAAGCUUAUUCAUAGAAUCAUAGAAUAUCAGGGUUGGAAGGGACCUCAGGAGGUCAUCUAGUCCAACCCCCGCUCAAAGCAGGACCAGUCCCCAACUAAAUCAUCCCAUCCAGGGUUUUGUCAAGCCUGACCUUAAAAACUUCUAAGGAAGGAGAUUCCACCACCUCCCUAGGUAAUGCAUUCCAGUGUUUCACCACCCUCCUAGUGAAAAAGUUUUUCCUAAUAUCCAACCUAAACCUCCCCCACUGCAACUUGAGACCAUUACUCCUUGUUCUGUCGUCUGCUACCACUGAGAACAGUCUAGUUCCAUCCUCUUUGGAACCCCCUUUCAGGUAGUUGAAAGCAGCUAUCAAAUCCCCCCCUCAUUCUUCUCUUCCGCCAACUAAACAAUCCCAGUUCCCUCAGCCUCUCCUCAUAAGUCAUGUGUUCCAGUCUCCUAAUCAUUUUUGUUGCCCUCCGCUGCACAUUUUCCAAUUUUUCCACAUCCUUCUUGUAGUGUGGGGCCCAAAACUGGACACAGUACUCCAGAUGAGGCCUCACCAAUGUCGAAUAGAGGGGAAUGAUCACGUCCCUCGAUCUGCUGGCAAUGCCCCUACUUAUACAUCUCAAAACGCCGUUGGCCUUCUUGGCAACAAGAGCACACUGUUGACUCAUAUCCAGCUUCUUGUUCACUGUAACCCCUAGGUCCUUUUCUGCAGAACUGUUGCCUAGCCAUUCGGUCCCUAGUCUGUAGCGGUGCAUGGGAUUCUUCCGUCCUAAGUGCAAGACUCUGCACUUGUCCUUGUUGAACCUCAUCAGAUUUCUUUUGGCCCAAUCCUCUAAUUUGUCUAGGUCCCUCUGUAUCCUAUCCCUACCCUCCAGCAUAUCUGCCUUUCCUCCCAGUUUAGUGUCCUCUGCAAACUUGCUGAGGGUGCAAUCCACACCAUCCUCCAGAUCAUUUAUGAAGAUAUUGAACAAAACCGGCCCGAGGACCGACCCUUGGGGCACUCCACUUGAUGCCGGCUGCCAACUAGACAUGAAGCCAUUGAUCACUACCCGUUGAGCCCGACAAUCUAGCCAACUUUCUGUCCACCUUAUAGUCCAUUCAUCCAGCCCAUACUUCUUUAACUUGCUGUAGAGUCAGUGUGAAGCAAUGGAAAACGGCUACACAGGUGGUUGAGGCUCCUUUUGUUCUGAAUAUCACCAGGAGCAGUCAUCGCUGUGAUCUGUUACUGUCAUAAGUUCAUGGCCAUUUUUGGCUUUUUUGUAUGCAUGACUUUACAAAUUACAUCCAUGGAACAACACAACUAGUACUUUUAUAAAUUGGAAUUCUUAAGAUAUGCUAGGAUAGUACAUGAAAGUUUCCAACAUCUGCAAAUGGGUUAUUAUUCCAGCAUCAAAUUCCUAAAAUGUCGGGAAUAUAGUACCACCUGUAUAAAGUGCUGCAGGCUUACACCUUGUAGUACAGACUUGAACAACCUUUUUUUUUUGGAGGAUUACUUUUUUAGUUUAAGGACCUUGAUUUUAAAGAUGUUGAAUGCAUGUAAAUAUAUUAUCUUAUAGCAUUUAUUUCCAAUUACUUAGCUCUGAAUUAUUGUUUUUCACAGCCAUGUUUACCAUUUGAAGUGAGGUGGAUUUUUUUUAGUUGAAUAAUAACUGACUAAAUUUACAAGUAUGAUACUUCAUUUGGAUCCUGUCAUCAUUCUGCAUUAGGAACAAUCCUAAUAUACUUAUUUCAACAGUCUUAGUUGAUAUUUAAAUAGGCAACUGCAGUGUACUAUGGUAACCUUUAAUGCUAUCAUCUAGAAUAAUGCAUGUAUGGAGAAUUGUCUUUUGUAAUAAUCAUGCUACGUUAUCACCGUAAUAUUCAAGUAAUGGGAAUAGUCCCAUUUGGUUUCCAGAUUAAUUUGUGCAAUAUAACAUAAACCAGUGAAAUAUUCAUUUGGUUUGUCUUUCAGAGAAGACUAUCCAUAUUGCAUCCUGUAGUCUGUGUAGAUUAGUGCACAAAGUUACACAUCAUGUGUGCUGCUGUACCUAGGUGAUACAAGGUUGUGUCAGUCAAGCAUAGUUUUUUCUCAAGUAUGGAUUGAUUUUUAUAGCUGGAGAACCAUCACAUUGUGAGACAUCCAGUAAGUUCUCUGAGAUAAUGGUGGUGAUUUCUUAUUCCCAUAUGAUCACAGCUCUUACCAGCCACCUCCUUUGUGCGGGGCCAACACCUCUCUAUCUUGUUCUGGCUUUCUAUUGCAAGAUUAUGUCAGACUUCGUCCAAUUCUUACAGUCUCUUGGAGGUUAAGCAUGCUGCUUCAGAGCUUUCCACUCCUUUUAGAGUAAAUUACCAUGAACUCUCUGAGAUGGUGAUGGAUGAUAAUAUAACGAGGAUUGCCAUCUUACCUGUGUAGCCUCUUCCCCUUGGUAACAAUACCGUAGUAUCUGCAGCAGAAUACUGACAAAUUGUUUCAAACAAAUUUAGUAUUGAAGGGUUGAAUUGAGAGGCCAAGAGCCUGAAGUUUUCUAACAGCACAGGUUCAGCAUGAGCAAUAAUUUAAGCAAGGUUCUCGCAUACCCUGCUUCAUGGCAAUAUGUCCUAUGCCUCACUGAAAGGAACCAUCUCAAAGGGAAAAAAGGGAAGUUGCAUCUUUGGCCUUGCUACAGAGACUAUCAUGAAGGGAGCAGUUAGAUGGGGAAGCCUGUUCAGUAGUCCCUGUGAAAUGACCCUAGUGGUUUAAAUCUAGCUUCCACGGAACAGCCAUCAGACUACUAACUUUCAAAAUGUCUCUGCUAUUUUAAUAGGGUUACCUGUGGUGAACAUCUGCUUUAAAAAUGUCCAUUCUAUUACAUAACCAGAAAAACCAGUUCCAUAAAUGAUGCCAUUGAAGUUGUUGGCAAAGCUCUCAUGAACUUCCAUAGACAAAGGUCUUUCUUCUCUGCUCUGGUGAUUUUUGGGUUUUCCCAAACAUUGGAGCGGCGGAUGACUUUGCUUUCCUCUGGAGCACACUGAGCCCUGGUCUACACUUAAAAAUUAGAGUGACCUAGUUGCAUCACUCAGGGUUGCGAAAAGUGUAUGCUCCUGAGCACCAUAGGUAGGUUGACCUGACUUCCCAUAUAGAUGCAGAAGAAUUCUGUCAACUUAGCUACAACCCCCUCAGAGCGUUGGAUCAGUGACAUUGACGGAAAAACCCCUUCUGUUGCUGUAGGAAGUGUGUACGGUGCUAUGGCAGCACAGCUUCAGCCAACAAGCCCUGAGUUGGGACCAGAAGAGACAUCUGUGAUUGCAGGUUGGACUGAUCUUCCCAUCACUUUGUUUAUCUUACAAACUAGAAAACUUUUUUUAUUCAGACAGUCUGCUUAAUUAAUCUUUCAUUUGCUGUUUGGUCUGGGUAAAGAAGAAAUAUGCUGAGAGAAGAAAUGUGUUAAUUCCAGGUGUCAUAUAGUUCUUUACUUUUUUUAUUUUUAUUUUUUUAAGGUCUUCGCUGCUGAUAAUUAUCCAUUUCAUUUCUUUGCUAUGCUAUUUGGAAGUCCCUUGUGUUCUAGCUGUAAAUACUAUUUUCCGCAUCAUCUGCUGAGCUGCUACUAACUGUGCCAGGUACAUCUUAAGGUGGUAGGUGCAGUGGAGGUCCAGCAGCUCCAGAGUUUAGGAAUACUGUAAAAGUACAAUUGUUGUGACAAAAAUGUUUUGUGUAGUCAGCAGGAGAGCAGUGCUGCUGUGGAACUUCAGAUCUACAGAGCUCCUAAACUUUACAGAAUUGAAGCUCCUGGUUAUCAAAAGUCCUGAUUUUACAAAGUGUUUAGUUAUCUCAAAGCUUUGUAAAAUCAGGUGUGCCUGUACUGUUUUCUCCUGGCUGUAAUGGGUGAACCCAAGACAAAGGGGAGAUGCAGAGGUGACCUGACCCAUUAACUUCAUAUUAUACAGUAACCUAGAUCUAAAUCUUUACUGAGGAAAGAACAUUUAUUUGAGAAUUUUUUUUUUUAAGGGCUUUUCCCCUCACACAAAUACAAAAUCUUGACCAGAUUUGUUGGUCUUCAGUAAUUUGUCUGUUGUACAUCUACCAAAACCACCAGUAAAGGUUGGGGGAAGGGACAAAGUCAAUAUUUCUAGCCGGAUGGUUCAUUAUAUUUUGUGUGGCUUUUUUGGAAUACAAACUUUUAAAGUUCAGGCAGUCACAAUAGAGUGGAGAGUUGUGAGGGAGGUAAAAAAGUAAGCAGAGCAUAAAGAAGAGAGGAAAAUCUGAAAGAUAAGAUUAAGGCAAAAUACUAGCCUGAGCCAGAAUGCUGAAACUGAAGCCGACCUGCUUCUAACUUUGGGGCAGUUCAGAUCCAGAUCUCAACCCCACAGCUUGGGCUCAAAUCCAAGAUGUUCACUUUUUAAAGUGAUGGGCGCCUCUUUUUCUUGCCCAUGUUUCUUAUGGGCCAUGAUAGAGAAUGAAGGGGAAAAGAGCUUUGGAGAGUGCGGGAAGUUGCUAUUAUUUUUAACUACUGUAGUUAUAUUAAUUUACUCACUGUAUGUCCAUUAAAUUAAGGCACUUGAUUCUGACGUGCAGAUCUCAGUAAUACUGCACUUUGCUCAUGUGGUUACCUGAAUUGCUUGAUAGCACUGCAUCCAUAUGUGAGGAUGAGGUGAGGAUUCGUUCACUUACCUAAAUGGAAUAGCAGAUAGCUGGUAUCUGUCUUUUAGAGAAGCGAUGAGGUGUCUGUUUGCUACUGGUCAGGAUAAUGGAAGGAUUCAUCUUCUACACUCUUAUGUGAUGAUGUGAUUUAUUGGAAUAUUGUAUUUUGUAUAAUUUAGAACAUGUAAAUACACUUUUAAAAUUAAUCUGUCCUAUAAAGUAAUAAAUAGCGCUUCUAUUGUAACACCUGAAAAUUGUUAAAAGUGCUUCACGUAGUAUGACUUGGGAUUUUUUUUCUAGAGAACUGCAGAAAUUAAAGUGAGAUUGAUGAUGUGGAGUUUUCAUUUAAUUGUGAUGCUUCCUGUUGACAAAAAUAUUUAAAAAAUAAUAAACCACCCAAAUAGAGAAAUUUCAUUUUAUUUUUUUACAGUAGUCACUGAGGUGACAUUCAUCACUGUACUCAGACAAUCCCAUUUUCUGGAUUGUCAGUUUUGUUGUUGGCCAGUAACAUUUAGAAAGCACUCAGAUUGGUCAGUUUCAUAAAAAGCACUGUGCGAGUCCAGAAAAAACAGUAACUUGUUUUUUAAGUUGCUUGGUUGUGGCUUAAGCGUAGCCCUCUAACCAGACUGCGCUGUCAUUGACUGUUACUGCAACUCAUCCAUAACAUAAGUAGAAUAAACCUUCAUCAGUCAUGUUGUGUGUACACACAAAUAUAUGGUUAUCCUACUCGCACACCUUUGGUGCAUGGAGAGAUACAUUUACUAAAGACUUGAGUUUUCGGUGCAUUUUCAUUGGAUACUGCACAGAUGGAACUUUCAAUUAGAGUAGAGGAAAACAAAAUUAAUGGUUGAGAAUCAUGGUCAAUGUGUUAGGAAGCAACUUGUCCUUGUCCUUCAAACUUUAUCUAGCAUUGGGGCCCACAGCCCUGUUAUAAAACCUUCCUGCUGACACAUCUUUAGCUCACUGACUUUAACUGAUGUACAGCAGUGACCUCCUCUCCAUUAUCUGCUGCUGCAGCAUUCCAUUGAAAUAACAAUGGAAAAUUACACAUUUUUUUUAUAGUGGGCAGAAAUGGUGGUACAUUUUUUGUAUUAUGUUUCCAAGCUGUUAAGUAACUGUGAAGCAGCUAAGUUAUGUGCAAAUUAUUCACUGGAAUUCUGCGCCUGUCAACCUUUUUUGGAGAAGAGGAGAGAGUCCGUUUUGAUCUGAUUAGUGUUUCUGGAAGAAUCACAUUUGGCAUAUUUGGUUUACACUACAUUUUAAUGCCAGAAGCAAGAGAAUUUUGAAGUGUCCUUUAUUUGGCUCUACAGAUGACACCACUCUAUCCCACUCAUUCAAAAGGAAAAAUUUGACUGCAGAAUAUUUUAUUAACUGCAAAAUAUUAUUUUAAUAUAUAGUUUUUGCUUUGUGUCAUUAAACAAUUGCUGUGUUUCACCUCUUGGGUGUCUCCAUUUUUGAGGAAGGCAAAGUAAUUCCUGUAUAUAGUUUUGUAAGUCAGUCUGUAAAAUGCUUUUUGGUUAUUCUGGAUGAAAGGCCCUAUAGAAAUGUAAAAUUGCUACUAUUUACCAGAUAUUAUCAUGUUUGUGAAACAGGUGAGUAAAAUUGUCUAUUACCAUAAAUAAUCUAGCUUCGAUUUUAAUCAUGUACCCAAAACUGCUCAUUUUGUACACAUACUCUUGCCAGCUGAUCAGAGAAAAUAAAGGUGCCUGAAUUGCAGUUUAAUGAGGAAAGGGCAUUUCACUGUACACCCAGUAUCCUCCUAUAUUUCCAUUUCUGACACACUUUUUUUUUUUAAAUGAACAAACUCUGGAUUUGAAGUUUCCAAGUAUUGAAAAAUCACUUGGAAUUUGUGGGUACUGUAGUUGAAAUCCUUUCUGCUCUUGAUGACUGGGGGUUUUUUAUGCUUUUUGUUUAAUAUGUAAAGUUUUGACUGUAUGAAAUUGUUAGUAUUUUUCCUUUUUAAAAAAAUAAAGUGUAUAUUCCACUACAG